AUGGCUAUAGAUGAGAAAUAUGAAUAUGAUUCCCUUCCGAUACCGUCUUAUGAAGAGGCGACCGCCAACCGAGCCAGCUCGUCCCGAACGCAUCUCCCCGACCAAGGCAGUGACGAUCCGGAAGGCCAGGCCCUGCUUCACGAUGACCGCAGAACCGCCGCCCGCGACGGGCCUCAAACCCGACCGCAUGGGUACCAUCCUCCUACAGUAGAAUCUGUCCGAAAUAGUGUCGAUGAUUUAUCCUCUUCACCUGCUGCGUCGGAAAGGGGGUCGCUGGAGGAGUUGCGCGGAGAACUUGACCAGAUGGAUGUCGAGGAUGGCCAGCAGACGUCUCAGCGCUCCCGGUUACGAUCUCGAUUCUCGAAGCCCUUCAGUAAUCUAGGCCGAACUUUAUCGUCAAUAAACCUCCCAUUCCGUCAGUAUCUACCGAAUUUCAAAUUUACUAUUGACCUGAAUGCAGCCCGGACGAGCUUGAGCUCUAAUGGAUGUAUCAUCAUGCUUCGCCUGUUCGGACUAUUACUCGUUGUCGCCAUAAUUUACGUUUUCGUUGUUUCGGAUAUAUUUAAUCUCAGUUCACGCUUUGUGGUCGGUCAGACCUAUAACGCGGCGUCAGUGGAGAAUUUCGUACAGGGUCACAUCAACGAGUCAAAUAUCGCCGAGAAUUUAAGGAGGGUGACGGAGUUUCCGCACAUAGCAGGCACGGAAGGAAGCUACGUGCUUGCCGAAUGGAUACAACGAGCAUUUGAGGAUGCAGGUUUGGAGGCGAUAAACAUGGAAGAGUACCAGGUGUACUUGAACUACCCCCAGAAGGAUGGAAGAAGGGUAGCUAUCGUGGAUCCUCCUGACCUCAAAUGGGAGGCCAUUCUUGAAGAGCAGGAUGCCCAAACUCCCGUAUUUCACGGGCACUCAAAAUCAGCAAAUGUCACGGGUCACCUCGUUUACGCGAAUUACGGAUCUCGGGAGGAUUUUCAACAUUUAACAGAUAAGGGGGUUAACUUGAAUGGUUCUAUCGCUCUUGUUCGUUAUUAUGGGACCGAGUCAGAUCGUGCUUUGAAAGUCAAAGCCGCCGAACUCGUGGGUGCUGCAGGCUGCAUCAUCUACUCCGAUCCGUCUGACGAUGGAUUUGUUCGAGGCGCAGCCUACCCGAAUGGACGGUUUAUGCCGUCGGAUGGCGUCCAGAGAGGCGCCGUCAGCCAGAUGUCGUACGUGGUUGGAGAUCUCCUCUCCCCGGGGUUUGCAUCAACCCCUAAAAUGAAAACGAGGUUAAGCCUUGAUCAGGCUAUUGGUGCACCAGGGAUACCUAGUCUUCCUCUGGCCUGGCGCGACGCCCAGAGGCUUCUGCAGGUGCUCGAGGGUCAUGGCUCAAAGGUACCGAAGAAAUGGGUUGGUGGUGUUCCCGAGGUCAAGCACUGGUGGACAGGUGAUGAAAAAUCACCUAUUGUCAAUCUAAUGAACAUUCAAGAUGAUGUAGACCGACAGCCCAUAUACAAUGUUAUUGGGAGGAUUUACGGGAUGGAAGAACCCGAGAAGAAAAUCAUCGUCGGUAACCAUCGCGACUCAUGGUGUUUGGGAAGUGCAGACCCAGGCAGCGGGACUGCUGUUUUCCUUGAGCUUAUCCGUGUCUUUGGUGAACUUCUGACGUUAGGCUGGCGGCCACUCCGGACGAUCGAGUUUGCUAGCUGGGAUGCAGAAGAAUAUAACCUGAUCGGUUCUACCGAGCACGUGGAGGAAAGUAUGGACAACCUGCGUGGGAAUGCGUACGCCUAUAUCAACGUUGACGUUGGUGUGAGCGGCACAGACUUUGAAGCUGCGGGCUGUCCUCUAUAUGAGCGCGUUGUCAUGCAAGUUCUAGGCCGAAUUUCGGAUCCUGUCACCAAUGAGACACUGAAAGACAUCUGGGAACAGAAAAAGAAGAGGUUCCCACCUCUAGGAGCCGGAAGUGAUUAUGUGCCUUUCCAGGAUCUCGCCGGAAUCUCCAGUAUAGACUUUGGGUUCACCGGAGACCCGUACCCAUACCAUAGUUGCCAUGAAAACUAUGAUUGGAUGUCAAAAUUUGGAGACCCUGGUUUCCAGUAUCACAAGAUCCUUGGCCAGUUCUGGGGCCUACUACUCCUUCAAUUUGCGGAUAACCCGAUCCUACCAUACGACGUGGAGGUAUACGCAGAGCGCUUGGCUAGUUAUGUUAUUGACCUGGAACGUUAUGCAAAAUCCAAGGAUGUGCCCGUCGAUAACAGCGCCUCAAAGGAUGCCUCCGUCAACCUAACACCUUUGUACAACGCCACUUCAAAGCUUCGAGUGGACGCGGAGCAGUUCCAGCAGUGGCCGAAGCUAUGGCACGAUGCUGUAUGGGGUGCUGGUGGGUUCGAGAAUAACAUGAUAGCCCUGCAGCGCAUGUCGCACAAUUUCCGGAUGGCUAAACUCGACGUCAACCUUCUUGACAACCGGUUUGGUGGCGGGAUACCCAACCGCACACAAUUCAAACACGUUGUCUUCGGGCCCCAGCUUUGGUCCGGCUACGACGCCGCCAUCUUCCCAGCUAUCCAGGACAGUCUCGAAGCGAAAAACUGGACGCUAACACAGGAAUGGGUGGACCGAAUCGCCGGCAUUAUCCUCGAUGCGGGCGACAAGUUAUUACAUGACUGA